AUGCUUGAUGUUAUAGACUUUAUCACGGAGCGCGGUGGUGAUCCGGAGAAGAUUCGCGAGUCUCAACGUCGCAGAUCCGCCAAUGUCGACGUUGUGGACGAGAUUAUCGCCCUUUUUGAAGAUCACCGAAGAACCCAGUACAGCGCUACACAAGUGAACAGCAAGAUCAAUGAUGUUCAGAAGCAAAUUGGAGCUAAGAAGAAGGCUAAGGAGGAUGCGGAUGAGCUUCUCAAGCAGAAAGGUGAGCUUGAGAAGAAGAAGAAGGCAUUGGUAGAGUCCGCUGUCGAAAAAGAUGCAUUACUCAAAGCCAAGAUCAAGACGGUAGGCAACUACGUACAUGACUCCGUGCCCGUGAGCAAUAACGAGGACAACAACGUGGUAGAACGUACAUGGGCACCAGAAGGUGCCACGGUAGAGAAGCGCAGUAAUGUUCUUUCUCAUCAUGAAGUCCUUCUUAGACUCGAUGGCUACGAUCCCGACCGUGGUGUGAAGGUAGUUGGCCACCGUGGCUACUUCUUACGACAGUGGGGAGUAUUUUUGAACCAGGCUCUAAUCAACUAUGGCCUUGAAUUCCUCAGCCAGCGAGGGUAUACUCCCUUGCAGACGCCGCAAUUCAUGCUCAAGGAUUACAUGGGCAAGACCGCUCAACUUGAGCAGUUCGACGAGGAGUUGUACAAAGUGACAGAUGGUGAAGCAAAAAAUGACAAGUACCUGAUUGCUACGUCGGAACAGCCUAUUUCCGCAUUCCAUGCUGAUGAAUGGCUGAUCCCCAAGGACCUUCCCAUCAAAGCAAAGAUUGAACAAUUCCUCUUAACGGAUCCGGAAAAAUCUUGGGAUGCCUUCCAUGAUAUGAUAGGUAUUUCCGAGGAGUUCUACAAGUCGCUUGAGUUGCCGUAUCAGAUUGUGUCAAUUGUGUCUGGCGCAUUGAAUAACGCGGCGUCCAAGAAAUUGGAUCUGGAGGCCUGGUUUCCCUUCCAAGGCGAAUACAAAGAACUUGUCUCUUGCUCCAACUGUACCGACUAUCAGUCUCGCGCCCUUGAGAUACGAUUUGGCUCCAAGAUGCAGACUGAUGUCAAAAAGAAAUAUGUUCAUUGUCUCAACUCUACGCUGUGUGCGACGACCAGAACUAUGUGCUGCAUUUUGGAGAAUUACCAGACCGAGGAGGGGCUGAGAGUACCAGAACCUCUCAGGAAGUAUCUCCCGGGAGCACCAGAAUUUAUUCCUUUUGCCAAGGAGUUGUCAAAGGAGUCUACCUCACAGAAAUCUCUACCUCAGCGACCAAAGGGAGGAAAGUAG